ACGUUAGCAGCUGAUUGAGCGGCGCGGGGACUAAGGUAGCUCAGACGCCGCCGGCUCGUGAGGCUGCAGCCCUUUUGGGCGAUUUUGAAGCCUCAGUCCUGCGGAGCGCGGCUGGGGAGGUGCGUCCCAGGAACGCCCGAGUCUGGGGAGAUCCGCUUUCUGGAGGCUGCACCACCCUCAGGGGAGAGCCCAGAAAGAGGACAUGGCUGCUGGGCAGCCGGAAGCGAGGCCCCAGUGGGAAUGAGAAGGCCACCCUUUCUAGGUGAGAGAAGAAUGAACAGAGUUGGAGAGGUCACUUGACUCCAAGGACAGAGACAAGAUCCCUCAGGUGUCACUGACGUUCGAGGAUGUGGCUGUGCUCUUUACCCGGGAUGAGUGGAGGAAGCUGGCUCCUUCUCAGAGAAACUUAUACCGGGAUGUGAUGCUGGAGAACUAUAGGAACCUGGUCUCACUGGGACUCCCAUUUACCAAACCAAAAGUGAUCUCCCUGUUGCAGCAAGGAGAAGAUCCCUGGAAGGUGGAGAAAGACUGUUCUGGCAGCUCCUUUCUAGGAUGUAAGAGCAAUCCUAAAAUGACAAAGACAACUCAAACUCAGGAUUCAUUUCAGGAGCUGAUGAGGAAAAGACUGAAAAGGGAUGAACCCUGGAACUUCAUAUCAGAAAGACCCUGCAUAUAUGAAGAGAAAUUAAAUAAACAGCAAGACAAAAAUGAAAAUUUACAAAUAAUUUCAAUUACCCAUACAAAAAUCCUCACUGUAGACAGAAGCCAUAAAAAUGUUGAAUUUGGUCAAAACUUCUACGUAGAAUCAGUGUUCAUCAAGCAACAGAGAUUUGCUAGAGAGAAAACUCUGUCAAAUUGUGAAAUACAAAGAAAUAGUUUCAAGCAGAAUUCAAAUUUACUUAACCAAUCAAAAAUCAAGACAGCAGAGAAACGCUAUAAAUGCAAUACAUGUGAAAAAGCCUUCAUUCACAAUUCAUCUCUUCGUAAACAUCAGAAAAACCACACUGGAGAAAAAUUAUUUAAAUGUAAAGAAUGUGUAAAAGCCUUCAGCCAAAGUUCUGCUCUUAUUCAACAUCAAAGAACUCAUACAGGAGAGAAACCCUACUUAUGUAAAGAAUGUGGGAAAGCCUUCAGCCAUAGUGCAUCCCUUUGUAAGCAUCUAAGAACCCAUACUGUGGAGAAAUGCUAUAGAUGUAAAGAAUGUGGUAAAUCCUUCAGUCGAAGGUCUGGCCUUUUUAUACAUCAAAAAAUCCACGCUCGAGAAAAUCCCCAUAGAUAUAAUCCAGGUAGGAAGCCAUCCAGUUACAGCACAUCCCUUUCUGGAUGUCAGAAAGUUCAUCUCAGAAAAAAGUCCUACUUAUGUAAUGAAUGUGGCAACACCUUUAAGUCUAGCUCAUCCCUUCGUUAUCAUCAGAGAAUUCACACUGGAGAGAAACCUUUUAAAUGUAGUGAAUGUGGGAGAGCCUUCAGUCAGAGUGCAUCUCUUAUUCAACAUGAAAGAAUUCACACUGGAGAAAAGCCCUAUAGAUGCAAUGAAUGUGGGAAAGGCUUCACUUCUAUUUCACGACUUAAUAGACACCGAAUAAUUCAUACUGGAGAGAAAUUGUAUAAUUGUAAUGAAUGUGGUAAAGCCUUAAGUUCCCACUCAACGCUUAUUAUUCAUGAACGAAUUCAUACUGGAGAGAAACCAUGUAAAUGUAAAGUAUGUGGAAAAGCCUUCAGACAGAGUUCAGCUCUCAUUCAACAUCAGAGAAUGCAUACUGGAGAAAGACCCUAUAAGUGUAACGAGUGUGACAAAACAUUCAGGUGUAACUCAUCCCUUAGUAAUCACCAGAGAAUUCAUACUGGAGAGAAACCAUAUCGAUGUUUAGAAUGUGGGAUGUCUUUUGGCCAAAGUGCAGCUCUUAUACAGCAUCAGAGGAUUCAUACAGGAGAAAAACCCUUUAAAUGUAAUACAUGUGGAAAAACUUUUAGACAAAGCUCAUCACUUAUUGCACAUCAAAGAAUUCACACUGGAGAGAAACCCUAUGAAUGUAAUGCAUGUGGAAAACUCUUUAGCCAGAGGUCAUCCCUCACUAAUCAUUAUAAAAUUCACAUUGAAGAGGACUCCUUAAAAGCUGAUUUGCAUGUGUGAAAGCCUUAAACCAAAACUUAUCAGAGAAUACAUCCUUGAGAAUGAAAUAGAGAAAACUUUUAGUAUCUCAAAACUUGAGCUACGUAAUACAUAUAGGGAAAGCU